UGUCAAUAUUGUCAAGUCAAUCAACAUCAACAAGGAACAUCGAGCCGGGAAGACUAUCGUUUUAAUCGUUUCAAUUUUACAUUUUGUACAUAAUUUCUUGACCAUCUUUCAUUUACAGCAGUUACAUAUAAUUACAACUUAGAAGAGACGAUGGAGACUUUUAAUGACUUAGAUGAAAGUGACACUGAAAUUGCAGCUGAAGAAACGUUAAGAGCCCAAGAUAUUCGUGAGGUGCCAGUUAACCUUUUAAACGUGUACGAAUUUAGCAAAAAUGAGAUUGCCAUAAUACAAUUCUUGACUGACAACAACAUCUUUCCUCGAGAGAAAAAUUGCUCAAAAUGCGGAACACCAAUGAAAUUCUACAGGUUUACAAGGACACGAAACAAUAAGGAACAAGAAAACAGCUCUUGGCGAUGCAGGGCGUACAUACAGAAACCAAAAAAGAAAAGACAGAAUUGUAACUACAGUGAAUCUUUUCGUUUUGGCUCUGUUUUUGAGGGCAGCAAAUUGCCUUUGGCAAAGUUUCUCAUUAUGUCCUAUAUGGUUUUGAAUAAUUGGGAAACUGAGAAAAUAAUGUGGGAGAUGCAAACAACACGUUCCGUGGUUAAAAGGUGGCAACGAUAUAUGAGAAACGUCAUUCUUCAGUGGUUUGAAAGGACAGCCCAACCUCUUGGAGGGCCAGGAAAAUUUGUUGAGGUCACAGAGGGCAAGUUCGAGGAACGCAAGACCAAGACGAGGCCCGCUGGAAAACAAUGGGUGUUUGCCGUAUUCGAAAGAGAGACUUCAAGAGUUCUUUUGGUGCCUGUGGAGCUGAGAGAAGCGCAAUUAGUACCUUUGAUUGAAACUUGGAUUCUGCCAGAGACAAUGGUCAUUUCCGAGUGCUGGAAAUCGUAUUUUGCCAACAACCAGCUGGGCUAUCUCCACCUCACAGACAACCACCAUCUGAUCUUUGAAGACCAUGAAACAGGCACCCACCUUAGAAGCAGCAAAGAUUUGAGGGUCACUCUACCGAAGAAUAACAGAAAAUUCAGAGGAAGUUGUUUGGGACAUAUUGCUCUUCAUGUGUUCUUGAAGUGGUGCGUUGCAACUGGCAAGGAACCAUUCUUUGAAUUUUGGAAAAUUGUUGGUGAAUCUCCAGUUACUCCAUUUAUAACCAUUAGUUCAGACUCUGAAUCCGGUAGUGAUGAUGGCGAGUAAAAGCAAAAGUGUACACUUAAACAAACUCUUGAUCAAGUGGGAGAGUGAUAGACUACGUUAUCAUAGCAUUUUCUACACUAAAAUUCCAUAUAAUGGAUUUAUGCAAUUUUAGAGGACAUAAAUAUAAAGACACUCGUUACGCAAGAGUGAAUAAAUUAACAAAAUUGAAACAAUA